AUGAGACCAGAAAUCGAACAAGAAUUAUCCCACACUUUAUUGACUGAGUUAUUAGCUUAUCAAUUUGCUUCUCCAGUUAGAUGGAUUGAAACUCAAGAUGUCUUUUUAAAACAACACAACACUGAAAGAGUUGUUGAAAUUGGUCCAUCUCCAACCUUAUCUGGUAUGGCUUCCAGAACCAUCAAGGCUAAGUAUGAAUCUUAUGAUGCAGCUUUAUCUUUACAACGUCAAGUUUACUGUUAUUCUAAGGAUGCUAAGGAAAUCUACUACACUCCAGAUCCAGCUGAUAUUGCUCCAAAGGAAUCUGCUGCUGCUCCAAGUGAACCAACUCCAGCUGCUGCUGCUACCCCAGCCGCUGCUGCUCCAGCUCCAGUUGCUGCUGCCCCUGCUGCUUCUGCUGGUCCAGCCGCAUCUAUUCCAGAUGAACCAGUUAAGGCCUCAUUAUUAUUACAUGUUUUAGUUGCCCAAAAGUUGAAGAAACCAUUAGAAGGUGUUCCAAUGUCCAAAGCUAUUAAAGAUUUAGUUAAUGGUAAAUCCACUGUUCAAAAUGAAAUUCUUGGUGAUUUAGGUAAAGAAUUCGGUUCAACUCCAGAAAAACCAGAAGAUACUCCAUUAGAAGAAUUAGCUGAACAAUUCCAAGAUACUUUCAAUGGUCAAUUAGGUAAGACUUCUACUUCCUUAAUUGGUAGAUUAAUGUCUUCCAAGAUGCCUGGUGGUUUCUCCAUUACUGUUGCUAGAAAAUAUUUAGAAACUAGAUUUGGUUUAGGUUCAGGUAGACAAGAUUCUGUUUUAUUAGUUGCUUUAUGUAAUGAACCUGCUAACAGAUUAGGUAAUGAAGCUGAUGCAAAGGCUUUCUUAGAUUCUUGUGCUACUAAAUAUGCUUCUACUGCUGGUAUUUCAUUAUCUUCUGCUGCUGCUGCCGGCGGUGCAGCUGGUGGUGCUGGUGGUGCUGUUGUUGACAGUGCUGCUUUAGACGCUUUAACUGCUGAAAACAAGAAAUUAGCUAAACAGCAAUUAGAAGUCUUAGCCAGAUACUUACAAGUUGACUUAAACAAAGGUGCUAAAUCUUUCAUUAAGGAAAAGGAAGCUUCUGUUGUUUUACAAAAGGAAUUAGACUUAUGGGAAGCUGAACAUGGUGAAUUCUAUGCUAAUGGUAUUAAACCAACCUUUUCUCCAUUGAAAUCUAGAACUUAUGAUUCUUAUUGGAAUUGGGCUAGACAAGAUGUUUUAUCCAUGUACUUUGAUAUUAUCUUUGGUAAAUUGACUUCAGUUGAUAGAGAAACCAUUAACCAAUGUAUUCAAAUUAUGAACAGAGCUAACCCAACUUUAAUUAAAUUCAUGCAAUACCACAUUGAUCAUUGUCCAGAAUACAAGGGUGAAACUUAUAAAUUAGCUAAACAACUUGGUCAACAAUUAAUUGAUAACUGUAAGCAAGUUUUGAAUGUUGAUCCAGUUUACAAGGAUGUUUCUAGAAUUACUGGUCCAAAGACUACUGUUUGUGCUAAGGGUAACAUUGUUUAUGAAGAAGCCAGCAAGGAUUCUGUUAGAAAGUUUGAACAAUAUGUUUAUGAAAUGGCUCAAGGUGGUAAGAUGACCAAGAUUGAACAACCAACUAUUCAAGAAGAUUUAGCUAGAGUUUACAAGGCUAUCAGCAAGCAAGCUUCUAAGGGUAACAAGUUAGAAUUAGAAAAGGUUUACCAAGAAUUAUUGAAAGUUGUUGAAUCAUCUUCUGAAAUUGAAACUCAACAAUCAACCAAGGAUAUUUUACAAUCUGCCAGUGAAUCAAACGUUAACUCUGAAGAUGAAUUAUCUACUCCAUGUAGUGAAGAUGAUGAAAUUGCUACUUUACCAGAUAAGACUUCUAUCUUACAACCAGUUUCUUCAACUGUUCCAGCUCAAACUAUUCCAUUCUUACACAUUCAAAAGAAAACUAAGUCUGGUUGGGAAUAUGACCGUAAGUUAUCUGCCCUUUACUUGGAUGGUUUAGAAUCUGCUGCUGUUAACGGUUUAACUUUCAAGGACAAAUAUGUUUUAGUUACUGGUGCCGGUGCUGGUUCUAUUGCUGCUGAAAUCUUACAAGGUUUAGUUUCCGGUGGUGCCAAGGUUGUUGUUACUACUUCCAGAUUCUCCAAGAAGGUCACUGAAUAUUACCAAAACAUGUAUGCCAGAUAUGGUGCUGCUGGUUCUAUUUUAACUGUUGUUCCAUUCAAUCAAGGUUCUAAGCAAGAUGUUGAAGCUUUAGUUAAGUACAUUUACGAUGAACCAAAGAAGGGUGGUUUAGGUUGGGAUUUGGAUGCCAUUAUUCCAUUUGCUGCUAUUCCAGAAAACGGUAACGGUAUUGACAACAUUGAUUCAAGAUCUGAAUUUGCUCACAGAAUUAUGUUAACUAAUCUUUUAAGAUUAUUAGGUGCUGUUAAGGCUAGAAAGACUACUGAUACUAGACCAGCUCAAUGUAUCUUACCAUUAUCUCCAAAUCACGGUACUUUCGGUUUCGAUGGUUUAUACUCAGAAUCCAAGAUUUCUUUAGAAACUUUGUUCAACAGAUGGUACUCUGAAGAUUGGGGAACUAAAUUAACUGUUUGUGGUGCUAUUAUUGGUUGGACUAGAGGUACUGGUUUAAUGAGUGCUAACAACAUUAUUGCUGAAGGUAUUGAAAAAUUAGGUGUUAGAACUUUCUCCCAAAAGGAAAUGGCUUUUAACAUCUUAGGUUUAUUAACUCCAGAAAUUGUCCAAUUAUGUCAAGAAGAACCAGUUAUGGCUGACUUAAACGGUGGUUUACAAUUCAUUGAAAACUUGAAGGAAUUCACUUCUAAAUUGAGAACUGAUUUAACUGAAACUGCUGAUAUUAGAAGAGCUGUCUCUAUUGAAACUGCUAUUGAACAAAAGGUUGUUAAUGGUGACAAUGUUGAUGCUAACUACUCUAAGGUUACUGUUCAACCAAAGGCCAACAUGAAAUUCAAUUUCCCAACUUUGAAACCUUAUGCUGAAAUUAAAGAAAAGGCUCCAGAAUUAGAAGGAAUGUUAGAUUUAGAAAACGUUAUUGUUGUUACUGGUUUCGCUGAAGUUGGUCCAUGGGGUAAUGCUAGAACCAGAUGGGAAAUGGAAGCUUAUGGUGAAUUCUCAUUGGAAGGUACUAUUGAAAUGGCCUGGAUUAUGGGUUUGAUCAAAUACCACAAUGGUAACUUGAAGGGUAAGCCAUACACCGGUUGGGUUGAUGCUAAGACUCAAACUCCAAUUGAUGACAAGGAUAUCAAGGCUAAGUAUGAAGAAGAAAUCUUAGAACACACUGGUAUUAGAUUAAUUGAACCUGAAUUAUUUGAUGGUUAUGAUCCAAAGAAGAAACAAAUGAUCCAAGAAGUUGUUAUCCAACAUGAUUUAGAACCAUUUGAAUGUUCCAAGGAAACUGCUGAACAAUACAAACAUGAACAUGGUGAAAAGUGUGAAAUCUUUGAAAUUGAAGAAAGUGGUGAAUACACUGUUAGAAUCUUAAAGGGUGCUACCUUAUUUGUUCCAAAGGCUUUGAGAUUUGAUAGAUUGGUUGCUGGUCAAAUUCCAACUGGUUGGAAUGCUCGUACUUACGGUAUUCCAGAAGAUACUAUUAACCAAGUUGAUCCAAUUACCUUAUAUGUCUUGGUUGCUACUAUUGAAGCUUUAUUAUCUGCCGGUGUUACUGAUCCAUAUGAAUUCUACAAAUACGUUCAUGUUUCUGAAGUUGGUAACUGUUCUGGUUCCGGUAUGGGUGGUGUUUCUGCUUUAAGAGGUAUGUUCAAGGACAGAUAUGCCGAUAGACCAGUUCAAAAUGAUAUCUUACAAGAAUCUUUCAUCAACACUAUGGCUGCUUGGGUUAACAUGUUGUUAUUAUCUUCAUCUGGUCCAAUCAAGACUCCAGUCGGUGCCUGUGCUACUGCUGUUGAAUCCGUUGACAUUGGUAUUGAAACUAUUUUAUCUGGUAAGGCUAAGAUUGUUAUUGUUGGUGGUUAUGAUGAUUUCCAAGAAGAAGGUUCUUAUGAAUUCGCUAACAUGAAUGCUACUUCUAAUGCUAUCAAGGAAUUUGAACAUGGUAGAACUCCAAAGGAAAUGUCCAGACCAACUACUACUACUAGAAAUGGUUUCAUGGAAGCUCAAGGUUCUGGUAUCCAAGUUAUUAUGACUGCUGAUUUAGCUAUUAAGAUGGGUGUUCCAAUUCAUGCUGUUUUGGCUAUGUCUGCUACUGCUACUGAUAAGAUUGGUAGAUCUGUUCCAGCUCCAGGUAAAGGUAUUUUGACUACUGCUAGAGAACAUCACGGUGACUUGAAAUAUCCAUCUCCAUUAUUGAACGUCAAGUACAGAAAGAGACAAUUAGCCAAGAGAUUAGAACAAAUUUCUGCAUGGGAAGAAGCUGAAAUCAACUACUUACAAGAUGAAGCUGAGUUAGCCAAGGAAGAAUAUGGUGCUGAAUUCUCUAUGUCUGAAUUCUUAAGAGAAAGAACUGAAGAAAUCUACCGUGAAUCCAAGAGACAAGUUUCUGAUGCUAAGAAACAAUGGGGUAAUCAAUUCUACAAGUCUGAUCCAAGAAUUGCUCCAUUAAGAGGUGCUUUAGCUACUUUCAACUUAACCAUUGAUGAUAUUGGUGUUGCUUCAUUCCAUGGUACUUCUACUGUAGCUAAUGAUAAGAAUGAAUCUGCUACUAUUAACAGUAUGAUGAAACAUUUGGGUAGAACUGAAGGUAAUCCAGUCUUUGGUGUUUUCCAAAAGUACUUAACUGGUCAUCCAAAGGGUGCCGCUGGUGCUUGGAUGUUGAAUGGUGCUAUUCAAAUUUUAGAAUCUGGUAUUGUUCCAGGUAAUAGAAAUGCUGAUAAUGUUGAUAAGCUCUUAGAACAAUUCGAAUAUGUCUUGUAUCCAUCUAGAUCUAUUCAAACUGAUGGUAUUAAGGCUGUUUCUAUUACUUCUUUCGGUUUUGGUCAAAAGGGUGCUCAAGCUGUUGUUGUUCAUCCAGAUUACUUGUAUGCUGUAUUAGAUCAAUCUACUUAUGAAUCUUAUGCUGCUAAGGUUACUGCUAGAAACAAGAAGACUUACCGUUACAUGCACAAUGCUAUUACUAGAAACACUAUGUUUGUUGCUAAAGAUAAGGCUCCAUAUGAUGAUGAAUUAGAACAACCAGUUUACUUAGAUCCAUUGGCUCGUGUUGAAGAAUCCAAGAAACAAUUAGUUUUCACUGACAAGGGUGUUCAAUCUAACAAAUCCUAUGUUAGUGAAGUUUCUGAUAAAACUGCUAAAGCUUUAACUUCAUUGAACAAAUCUUCUAGAGGUGUUGGUGUUGAUGUUGAAUUACUUUCUUCUAUUAACUUAGAAAAUGAAACGUUUGUUGAAAGAAACUUCACUGCUGCUGAACGUGAAUAUUGCUCUAAAUCUGCUUCUCCACAAGCUUCUUUCACUGGUACUUGGUCUGCUAAGGAAGCUGUUUUCAAGGCUCUUGGUGUUGAAUCUAAAGGUGCAGGUGCUAGUUUAAUUGACAUUGAAAUUGUUCGUGAUUCUAAUGGUGCGCCAAAGGUUGUCUUAAACGGUGAAGCUAAGAAGGCUGCUUCUAAGGCUGGUGUUAAGAAUGUUAAUGUUUCUAUUUCUCAUGAUGAUUUCCAAGCUACUGCUGUUGCAUUAAGUGAAUUCUAA